CUUACCGACGACGAGAAAGGCUCAAGUGAAGAGGAGGACGUUGACAAGGAUAUCAAAGUGGAAUAAGCUCCAACUGGGAAGCUUAUGACCGUCAGCUGGAGAACCCUUACCGUUGAGACUUUGCCGGAUUCAGAUCAGAGGAACAAUUUGUUUCACUCUAGGUGUAUGGUUGCCGGAAAUUUGUUGUCAUUAAUAUCGAUGGAUGCAUCUGUGCUAACGUCAUUAGCCAAAAAAUUGUGACAAAGCUCAGGUUGAGCACAACCAGAAAUCCUAAGCCUUACAAUCUACACUGGCUUAACAACUACAUGGCAAUAUGAGUAACAAAGCAAGCCAAGGUGAACUUUGAGAUCAGAGCAUACAAGGAUGAGCUCGAAUUCGAUGUGGCUCCAAUGCAAGCUGCUCAUUUGCUGCUAGGGAGGCCCUGGAAAUUUGAUCGUGCAGUGACCCAUGAUGGAGGCACCAAUUGUUACAAAUUCAGGUGCCAUGGUAAGAAAGUUGUACUGAAACCUUUGUUGUCGGAAGACGUUCAAGCAGAUCAGAGGCAAUUGGAAGCCAGUCGAAGGCGAACCAAAGGUGAAUCCAGUGUGAAGAAGCUAGAGAGUCCACUACUAGCGGCGUUUCAUGUUGAGUGGAUAUAAGAAAGAAAGGAUACCUCGACGUCGUCGACCCUGCAACUCUUCGCUGGAGCAGAGCAAGAGAGAGGGUGAUUUGGGUGGAGCCCUGGAGAGCGAUCCAACCCCAACUGAAAACGUCAUCACAAUCCAUGAUCUGUAGGUAAGCUUCACCACAAUCAGGAUUGGGUCGAAUUCAACUGGAUUACAUAAUCCGAUUCGAGCUGAAAUUACUAUGAAAACGAGCAAACUCGAUGAAAAUUGGUCCAUUGGUUGGACGUUUGAGAAUGAUUCGACGUAAGCUACUAGUGUGUCAGGGAAGGAAGUCUGAAGCUGUAGGAAGCUUCAAUUUCACUCGGAGAUCCCUGGAGUGAAAACGCCCAAAUCAAAAUUGAAGUUUCUGGGUUCUGGCAAUUUGAACCUCGACGAUGGCGAGAAAGAUGGAAUCGUCGAUUCGACGACUAUGGCAAUGAGUCGAUAGGGGAGACUGGCCCAGAAUUGCAAUUCGAAGUCUGACAAAACUCGUGGAGGCAAUGAAUUAGGCUAGGAAUG